AUGCGUACACUACGAUUACGUAAUACGGUCAAUGUUAUUCAAACUACAAUAUCAUCAUCAUCAUCAACAACAACCACAACAACAACAACAACUUUAAUGCCAGGUAUUACACAAUCAUCUGGUCUACAACAUUUAGAUAUACUUUCACGUUAUUCAAGAUUUUAUUUAUUAAUUGAACAAUUUUCACCAAUAAUCAAUAAUUUAGAUCGUUAUAUUAGUCCAUUAUGGAUACCGAUUGGUUUAAUUGGUUGUAUUCUAUGUAUUAUAAUUUAUGCUAAUCCACAAUGGCGUAAAUCAUUAAGACAAGAUUCAGAGAUUAUAAUGAAUCCAUAUGGUUAUGGUUCAUUAUCUAUUUAUUUAUUGAUUUUAUCAAUAUUACAUUUCAUUCAAUGUAUAUUAGUGAUUAUAAUGGAUUUAGAUACACCAUGGGAUACUGGAUUAUUAGCAUUGAAUAGUUUAAUUUGUCCAUUUAUUCAUUGUAUAUGGACAGGAAAUCGUUUAGCUAUUGUAUUAAUAACUAUAACAUUAGGUAUUGAAACACUUGUAUUAUUACAAAGAGAAACAAAUUUUCCUUCAAAUAUUAUAUUACGUUGGAUUAUAGCGGAUGGAAAUCAUCGAAAAUCAAUUCGUAUCUCAAUUGGUGUUAUUCUAUUAGCUGGAAUAUAUGGUUUAAUUGAAAUAGCCUAUUGGCGUAUACAAUAUUAUAAUGUUGAAUAUGAGAUAAUACAUUCAGCUAAUCAGUUGAGUUCAUUAUCAUCAUCAUCAUCAUCAUCAUCAUCAUCAUCAUUAACAUUAUUGAAAUCAUUAGAACCAUUGGCAAGAUGUGAAGUUGCUGGUGGAUUUCAAUAUUGGUUUAGUAUGAAAUCAAUUCAUCGUUAUGAUAUUUUUACAGAAAUGGAUAUCACUAAAAAAACUAAAGAACUUGCAGCUAGUUAUUUUGAUUAUCAAUGGAUAACUGGAAUUAUUAUUGAUUGUACAUUUGCAUUAAUUAAUAUAUGUAUAGGGCUAGCAAUUAUACGUAAUUAUUGUAUGGAUGAUAUCAUUAUACGUCCAAGAUAUGCUGAAAGUCGUGCAACUAUAACAAGAAGAAAUCAAUUUGAAGUAUUACAUAUAGCUAUAAUAAAUAUAAUACAAGGAUUAUGUCGAUUACCUAAUGCAUUAUUUACUAUGCUUGAUCCAUUAACAAGACCAGGAGACAUGAAUUUAACGGAUUCUGAGGUUUUAAAAGAUAACACAUGGCAAAGAUUUUUUCUAAUGUUAUCCGCUAAAGUAAUUGGUAUUGAAUUAGGUGAUUUAAUAGCUGCUUUAUUAAUGCCUAUAUGUAUUGGAUUCUGUCAAGAGUUUAGACAGAAUUUUUAUGGAUUAUUAAAAUUUAACACACCUAAACUACUUAAAACUACCCUGUUAUCAUUAAAUCCAAGACAAUCAAGAUCAAGAAUUAUUACACCGACUAAUUCAAACUUACCAAAUGAUUCUAUACAAAAUGUACAUGGGAAAAUGAGAAAAAAGCCACCUUCACAUCAACAUCCUCCUCCUACUCCUCCUCCUCCUCCUCAUCAUCAUCAUCAUCAGCAGCAGCAGCACCAUGAUGACACUGGGAAUAAUUUCAAACAAUAUCAUGAUAGUAGCUCUCGUUUAAUAAGUCAGUUAGAAAAUCAUAACAAGAAUAUAAAUGAUCUAUCAGAGGAUUCAACUACUGAAAGAUACAUAUCAAAUUGUCAUUUUCAUAAGUUACAUAAUGAAGAAACUAAUACAGAAAUUCAAAAUGAAACCGAUAUAGAAACAACAUAUGAUAAUACAAAUCAUUUUCAUCAUGAUUAUGAUCAUAAUCAUUGUGAUCAUCAUUUACAUCAACAUGAUUUGAAUUCAUCAUUAAAACAAUAUCCAUCAAAUCUGCAUAGCAACAAACAAAAUUCACUUUAUAUAAAACCUGUCAAAUAUGAAUAUCAUAAACAAUCUAAUAUAAAUUUACAUGAUUCAAUGCCUAAUUCAUUAUUUUGUUCAUAUAAUAAAUUAUCAACACAUUAUUGUAAUCAUUCAAUGCCAAACUCUUUGACGAAUCUUUAUGAUGAUGGAAUGGAUUGUGGUCAAGUUCAUAUGGAUAAAGUGAAACCAUUAUUGGAACAUCGAUCUUAUGUUUGAAUUCAGUGCAGUAUGAUAAUAAUAAUAAUAAUCAUAAUAAUGUAACGGUUUAAUGAUAACCUUGAAUUUCUUUUGUUUAAAUAUAUUACUUUGUCAAUUAUUUCAAAAAAAA